AUGAACAGAGAUGCUGGCGAUGACUUGCGUGAGGCGAAGAAGCAGCGCUGUGAAGACCAAUGGGUUGAUGGCCUACUGCGGUACUCGUGGAGUCACGGGCUGACCCUCUUCUCUGAUCCGCGCGGCGUCCUGGUGCACGGGACGGGAACAUCUAUGUGGGCUGCAGGGCAGGUGCUUUCAGAUUAUUUGGCUGAGCACGAGGACUUAUGCAGGGAUGCCGCCUGCCUGGAAUUGGGAGCUGGCAUCGGCGUUGCGGGUCUCACCGCUGCAGCUGCCGGUGCCCGGCUUGUUGUGCUGACCGACGUUGGGAGGCAGCUUCCCCUGCUGCAGCGCAAUGCCUCUGCGAACGACGACUCGGACAAGGUGCACGUGCGAGAGCUUGACUGGCGGGAUGAGCAGCAGAGGCAUGGGCUGCAUCCCUGGAACAGAUGCUGGACCCUCAUCGUGGGCUCAGACGUUGGAUAUGAUCCGGAUUUGUUUGAGCCACUGCUGCAGACACUGCUGGCCCAGUGCACAGAGUCGACCAUCAUUAUCCUGGCCCUUGCGGACAGGGGGGAGGAGGAAGAGGAGGAGCCCACUGUGCAAGACUUCCUGGAUGUCGCCUCACCAAACUUCACUGCGACGAUUCUAGAUGAACGACGAGCAGAGCCUCACCAAAGCAUGACCAAGGUGAUCUGCUUGAAGAAGAGGCUGCCGGGCAAUUAG